CAUCUUAAUAGUAUUCUAAUCCCAAGGGUAUCAGACACUCCAAAUAAUACCCAGGUCUUGAAUUACUUCGUUAAUCACUUCAGUCGUCUCCGCUGGGAUGCUACGAUUGACACCUUCCAAUCAAACACUCCACUUGGUAGAAAGACAUUCAACAAUCUUGUCGUUAACUCAAACAAAGACGCCCCUUUUAGGUUGACUUUAGCCGCACACUAUGACAGCAAAUACUUCAAGAACGCUGAGUUUCUAGGUGCAACUGACUCUGCAUUCCCUUGCGCCUUGCUACUCGAUUUGGCUACCUUCUUUACGCCCAUCUUGAACAAAUCAAACUUCACGACCUCAUACGGUCCUUCUUUCGAUGGGAGGCAACUCGAUGAACAUGAUUUGAGCCUCCAGAUGAUCUUCUUUGACGGCGAGGAGGCUUUCGAGAAUUGGUCAGAUAACGACUCAAUAUAUGGCGCAAAACACCUCGCCGAGACUUUGUCAACCAGCUACAUUGACAUCCAAGAAGCACACCACCCUCCAGUAUCGAAGAGACGUCUUAAGCCUCAUCCAACUGAGUUGGAUCGUAUCGACCACCUCGUUUUAUUGGACUUACUGGGAGCACCUAACCCAACAAUUCCCAACUACUUCUCAACAACCGAGUGGAUGCACUCUCAUAUGAUUGAUAUCGAAAACAGAUUGAACAGCAUAGCUGAAACGCCUACAGUAGAUCAAUCGAAUAACUUCCAAUCACGGUUUUUUGUUAAUAGGACAUCACGAUCUGGUAUCUCAGAUGACCAUCUACCUUUCCUCCAUAGAGGUGUACCUAUAUUCCACGUAAUACCCAACCCAUUUCCUUCAGUCUGGCACAAACUAUCUGAUGACAGAUCUGCACUUAGUAUACCAACAAUGUCAAGAUGGAACGCAAUCAUGCGAACAUUCAUUGCAGAAUAUAUGCAAUUACGUCCCCUGAUACAUUAA